GCAUGUAUUGUAUUAUAUUCUGGCUACAUAGAAAUUGAAUAUUUCUUAGGUUUCCUGAACACACCCUCACUGGUUUCCGCGACGGAAGGACAAGAAUUUCGGUAUUUCCAACGUCUUCUGAACGCAGCACUACCUCUGGUUGAUUUGCCGCGAUGGAAAGAAAAGUACUCGCUUUACAGGCGAGGAAGAAGAGGACAAAGCCUCGGAAAACUGGAAGAAAACCAGAGCCUCAGAGCUGUGGUGGAAGCUCCAAGCCAACUCAGCCAGACUCACCCGACCCUGAUCAGGAUGAGGAGAUCCUGGGCUCUGACGAUGAUGAGCAAGAAGACCCUGGUGACUACUGCAAGGGGGGGUAUCACCAUGUGAAGAUUGGAGAUCUCUUCAACGCAAGAUACCAUGUGAUCCGUAAACUUGGCUGGGGGCACUUCUCCACUGUUUGGCUGGCUUGGGACAUCCAGGAGAAGCGCUUUGUAGCUAUGAAGGUUGUGAAAAGUGCCGAGCAUUACACAGAAACGGCUCUGGACGAGAUCAAGCUGCUGAAAUCUGUGCGAAACACAGACCUCGGUGAUCCCAGCAGGGAGAGAGUGGUGCAGCUUCUUGAUGACUUCAAAAUUUCCGGCAUGAAUGGCACUCAUGUAUGCAUGGUCUUUGAGGUGCUGGGGUACCACCUACUAAAGUGGAUUAUCAAGUCAAAUUAUCAAGGCCUGCCGUUGCCUUGUGUUAAAAGCAUCAUUAGACAGGUCCUUCAGGGUCUAGACUACCUCCACACCAAAUGUAAAAUUAUCCACACAGACAUCAAGCCAGAAAACAUUCUUCUGACCGUCAAUGAGUUCUUUAUCAAGAAAAUGGCCGUCGAAGCGACACAGUGGCAGAAGACUGGUGCGGCGCCACCCUCUGGUUCUGCAGUGAGUACAGCUCCAACACCCAGGCCGAUGGCCAAAAUGUCAAGGAACAAAAAGAAGAAAAUGAAGAAGAAACAGAAGAAGCAGGCGGAGCAGCUCGAAGCGGAAGGAGUGACACUCGAAGCAAAAGAGGAGGACACCGCAGAAACGACAUCUGACAUCUCCUCUGUGUCGGCCACUCUGCAAAAUGACAAGAAGCAUCCUGUCACCGAGUCUGCAACUGUCGGGCUACCCCAACAGAUGUCACAACAAAGUGUACCCACAGAGGGCGCCACCAAGGAGGAGAGUAACAUGGAGGUCAACUGCAACGGUAACACCUCCACCCCGGUUAGCGAGGCCAGCUGGGAAGGCCAGGAUGAUGGGACCAACCAGUCUGCGGAAGAGCUAAAGGACCAACGGAACGCAAACCAAGUAGAUGAUAAAACGGAGACUCUUGACAAAGUAUGCAACGAAGACAACCUUCAGAGCUGCAACGGUGCCCCGGAGGAUCCCGAGCCUCAGCCUCAGCCUCAGUCGCAGCAGCAGCAGCAGCAGCAGCAGCCACCUGCUUCCCUCAGCUCAGACUUUGUCACCUCAGAGAUGAAUGAUGCCGUCAAAGUCGAGAAAAAGGAUGAGGAUAUGGACACACUAGGGGAGAACAAAACACGAGGUCAAGAUGAAGAAAAUAGCCAAAACGAAUCAUCGAGUAGCUUGUUGGUAAAUCCUCUGGACCCUCUGAAUGCCGACAAGUUGCAGGUUAAGAUCGCUGACCUUGGAAACGCCUGCUGGGUGCACAAGCAUUUUACAGACGACAUCCAGACUCGGCAGUAUCGUUCACUCGAGGUGCUGAUAGGAUCUGGCUACAACACACCGGCAGACAUUUGGAGCACUGCCUGCAUGGCCUUUGAACUGGCAACCGGAGACUAUUUGUUUGAACCCCACUCAGGAGAGGAUUAUUCCCGAGAUGAAGAUCACAUAGCUCUGAUCAUUGAGCUGCUCGGGAAAGUUCCUCGCAAGCUGAUCACGGCAGGCAAAUACUCGAAGGAGUUUUUCACCAAGAAAGGUGACCUGCGACACAUUACAAAGCUGAAGCCAUGGGGGAUGUUUGACGUGUUAGUGGAGAAGUACGAGUGGUCCAAAGAAGAGGCCCACAACUUCAGCAGCUUCUUGCAGCCCAUGCUGGACCUUGUUCCUGAAAGGAGGGCCACAGCCGCUCAGUGUCUCUCACAUGCUUGGCUGGCUUAAGAGGCGGCCGCCGCAUUGCGUGUACAUUACUGGGCUUGAAACCGCAACAAAACGGUGUGACUGUACACUCUUCAUGGCCUUCAGAUGCAACCUGCACAUACUUGUCAGACCAGCUAAAGACGGCGCCUGUCACCUUCGAUGUGAUGUAGAAUACUGACGAAAGAGGAAGCCCAUAUCCUCUCUUCCUUUUUCAGGGCAAACCUUUUUUUCCUUUCUUUUUUUUUUUUCUUUGGGUGUCUCUUCCACAUAACACUUUUGGACAUUUAGGUACUCUUGCAAAUGAAGCUCCAUAAUAGAAAGAACAGAGGUUGCCGUUAAAAUCACCGAUUGAUUUAGAUGACUCAGAAGCCAAAUAUGUGCGGUCUUGUUUACCAUUGCAUUAGCUGUGCCAUCUUUUAUAUCUUGAUGUCAAAAGCCUUCAAAGUACUUAAGCGAAUAAAUGCAAAAAUGCUGACUGCCACAGAAAGGACGAGGAAGUCUUCUUGUCCCAGCUUGGGAAGCGUAAACAUUUCUACAUUUGUAACGAUUAAAAGCGGAAAGAGGAUUAGAUUUUAUACAUUUUGCUAUGGAUAUUGUUGUUUUCAGCUUGGCACAACGCAAUGUCGACAACCCCCACGGCCUUCUUAAUAAUGUGAGACUAGAUUUUAGUAACUAAACAUCAAUCUGGACCUACAUGGAUUCAAGUGUUUGUAUGCAAUCACGACCUCUGCAGCAUAAGCAUUCACGUUUCGGGAAUCUUUCAGUUCAGGUCCUUUCCAACGGCAUGAAAGUAGGCUGUGCUGAAAUAAACGAUAACGGUACACCAAACACCUCAUUACGUACACACCUCAUGGAAUUUGCUUAGGUUCUCUGUCAUGUCUCCUCUUAAGCCAAGUUUUUUUUUCUGUAGGUAAGAAGAAUAAAAUGUUUAUAAAAGUC